AUGCAAAUCACACACAACAACACGCACACGCACGCACGCAAAUCACGCACAACAAACAUGCACAACGCACGCACGCACGCACGCACUCACGCACUCACGCAUUCAUACUGGAUUCAUCAAUUACAUGUAAUUACUGUACAUAAGACCCGCCCAUUCACCAUCCCUGUCCCUCCAUCCAGCCAUGGCAGGGAGUCCGCAGGGACAGAGCCUCCACCCAUCGUUCCUCCACCCAUCGUUCCUGACGAGCGAAUGCGGUUAGCACAAUCGGAUCGGAUCGCCUGGUCCCCCCACCCGUCCGCGCGGCCCCCCCAUCGGUCCGUUGAUCGGCCACCGCUCGAGCAGGCCGUCCUCAGACACUUCCAUGCCACUUCUCGCGAACAAACACCAACUUGUGUGUAA